AUAAAACAACACAAAAACUAGUGAUUAAUCGAGAAUCAAAAAAUAUAAUAAAAGACUUAAUGGAAAACCUUCAAGAAGAUCUAGAAGUUAUUUUAGAUAAGCUUCAUGAAAUAGCUCUAUCUAGAUAUAAUAAAAUUCGUGUAUUUGAUCCUGAAACCAAAAAAUAUUUGGGUGCUUCGCAUAGAAAAUAUCACAGGAAAAAAUUAAUGAUUCAAGAUAAGUUAGAUAAUGAGCAAAAAGAAAAACAUAAAUCUUGUAAGGAAAGUUUAGAGGACCAGCUCAUAGUGGAU